ACCCAGACGCAAUCAUGUUUACUAAAACUGAAAUUCACAGGACCAUAUCAACAGCUGUGUUUGAGGAAGAAGCUGCCGAAGUACUUGAUCAGAUGAUUAAAAAUGAACAGUAUGAUCUCGCUAGAAAAUUCGCCCAGAUUGCUGGUUUUAAUACGGCUGAUGCUAUUUUUAAUCAGAUAAAAAAUCAGUUGAACCGUUUCAAGAGUUCCAACUUGUGGAAAAGCCUUCAAAGUAGACUGAACUUUUGGAGCAUCAUUAAAAACAGACUCGAACUCUUCCAAACCGAGCUUGGAGAGAGAGGGCCUAUCAUAAGAGCCAAGUUUUAUCUCCAAGAGGGAUGCAACUCGGAGCUUGGAGAGAUCGAACGGAGUUAUUUGAUCAGUCAAGGGCUGUCCGCUAUUAUAACUUGCAUACCGCCAGCCAUCGGUCCGGCACAAGCAGAUCGUCUCACCAGAUUCUACUGGGUGGUUCUUGCAAAUGCAUAUCUCAACAAGACAGAACCGGUCAUAACUUUCUUCAGCCCACUCGAGGAAAUACAAGACUGGGAGCUAAUCGAUGUCCCAAAGCGCUCCCCAGGUUACCAGUUUCCUGACUAUUCGUUCGAUAUUGAUGCGGAAGUUGACGCUAAAGUUGAGGAAUUUGUAGCCCAAUUUCUGCAAGCAGGCUCGUUACAGCGGGCAGAACGUCUCGCCCAACUCUUUUCAGUUAACAGUCAAGACUUGGAGGUCGUGAGGGCAUGUAUGGAUGUUGCUGAAGAGUUCGUCACUAUGAAAUCUUUGCCGGAGUCGGUGAUUUCUCUGAUAACGGAGAGAUAUUCAAUUAUGUCACAAUCCACUGUGAUAUUAGCUUCGGAGCAAGGCAACAGACAGAGGAUCGAGGAGUGGAGUUACAAGAAGAGAGUUAGAAGUGUUAGUACUCGAUUUGAGGGCCAGACUUCAAUGUCACUUUACUCAGAGUCUGAAGAUCAAUGGCAGGAACCCGGAUCAGUUGGGAAAACUUCAAAAGAUUGGGCUGCUCUGGAUGAGAUCUAUAUUGGCGAUCUGCUAGGAACAUAUGUUAAAUCAGGAAGUGGUUUGUGUGAAAUGUUCUCAACAUUUUACAAAAUUUCAAAAGAACUAGGAAUGGUUUACCGCCAUAACCAUGCUGCGAAGAAACACCUCGAAGUUCUUGUGCGACACAAAGCAUCUGCAAACGUAUUAAAACAGUAUGUAGCAUUCCGGAAUCUUAGUAGCAGUGAUAUCUCAAGUUUCAUUGUGAAGAUACUUAAGAAAUGGAUGGUCACCGCAACAUUUGCCAAGGAUCUGCCUUUUUCAGAGUUUAAGAAGUUGGCAGAUCUUGUUUCUGACGUCAAUAUUCUUGCCUCCGUGAUUUGGGACGAUCUUUUACCCAAGUCUCUCCUGGAGAACAUACUCCGACUCCUACUGUUCGCACACUACUGUUACACACGAGGUCACUGCUCUGACGGCAGACUCAAAGUUUUAGAGUUCUGCAAAGCGAAAGCUCCAAAACUAGCUCAAGCUGGAUUUUGUCAGCAACUUGUUGACCUGUUCUUCGAGGCGGAGCAAUUCAGCGACAUGAUGUACAUCUGUGAUCUGGUGUAUAAUCACAAUAAAUUUGCACUGUUUAUUCAGCACCCCCACGCCAGUAAGAAACCUCACUUCCAGUGCGCCCUACUCGCCUAUCUCCAGCAGCAGCACCCAGAUGAUGAGCUCAACCGAGAGUCUCUCUGUAUGGAGUUCAACAGACAUCUGGAGAUUGCGAAGAUAUACCUGAGAAGAGCUCAGGUUAUGGCCGCAGACAAGAGCUCCUCGAUUGAGCGGAUGGAGGAGUGUGUAAAGAGGUACUCCAAAGCAGCUAGACAUUACAAGUUAGAUCAGGCAUUUGAGAAGCAGAUAGAAUGCACAAAACAAGCUCGCUUGGUGAGCUUGCAGAUUGUUUAUAAAAGACAGCUGUCUAACAUGAACAUUCUAAACCUAUCAUCGGAUCAGGUCAGAAACUUUCUGACCAAAAAUCCUAACUUCCACGAAUCAUACGUUGUUGCUGCUGCUUACAACGUCACCGAUCUGACUCCAUUCGUGUUUCGCAUGGCAAUCAUUGAAGAAAAUAUGGACUAUUUUGAAGAUUAUAGAGCUCUCCAUUUCAUAGAUUCAAACUUCUUUGAAGGAAUAUGUGUUCAUGCUCAGAAAGCUAGGAGGCUUGACGAGAUUGCGACUAGAAAUCUUAUUGCGAUCUUGUCCCAUUGCAAAAACAACAGACUGAGGCGAUCGAUUGCUCAAAAAUUGUCGUUGCCUUCUAACUUAAUUUGAUUAAAUGUCUUCUGUGUACUUUAAUUGUAAAUAUCACUAGAUAUGAUUUGUAAAAGCAAGGAAUUAUAAUUUAAUUGAGCGU